AUGCCCAGCCCGUUGAAGAAAGUACGCAAAUGCUCCGAAGACGACGUUUUGGCCUUCUCCAAACUCUCCGAACACGGUUUCCAGCCCACCAAGGGUAGCGAACACGCGGCCGGUUACGACCUGAGGAGUGCCUAUCCAUAUGUUGUGAAAGCCCACGGAAAAGAGCUGAUCAAAACCGAUAUCCAGAUUAAAGUGCCCCAAGGUACCUAUGGCCGCGUCGCUCCACGUUCUGGUCUUGCUUGGAAAAAUUUCAUCGAUGUUGGUGCUGGUGUGAUUGACAGUGAUUAUAGAGGAAACGUUGGUGUUAUACUAUACAAUCAUUCUGAUGAUGACUUUAUAGUAAAUAAGGGUGAUAGAGUUGCACAACUUAUCUGCGAGAGGAUAGUUUAUCCAGAAGUAGUAGAGUUUAAGACAUUGGAUGAGACUGAUCGAGGUGAAGGUGGUUUUGGAUCUACGGGCACUAAUUAA